CAUCUUCAUCGCCAUGCGCGGAGACGGAGUAAGGGAUGUCACCACCAGCCCGACGUUUCCCACCAACAUCGUCGACGCCUUCUCUUAUCCCAGCUACUUCCUCCUGCGACUGCUAUGGGACUUGCUCUACCAGUGGCUGUUCAUCUACGUUCUGCUCGCCAUAAUCACUGGAAUUGUCAUCGACGCCUUCAGUGGUCUCAGAGACGAGAGAGAAACGGCUGAGAAUGACCUCAAGUCGACCUGCUUCAUCUGCAACCUUGAGAGGUUCAGAAUAGACCAGAACGGUAGCGGCUUCGAGAAGCAUAUUCGGCAGGAGCACAACCCGAGAUGGUACCUUUUCUUCCUGAUCUACAUCAAGUCGAAGCAACCCUCCUACCUUACUGGCCAGGAGAAAUUUGUAUACAAUCAGGUAUGGCCAGCAAAAGGUCCCUUGCAUUUCGACUGGCUGCCAAGGGAGAGGACGUUUCACUUAAGCGGAGGGGAUGAAGGAGACGACACGCUUUCCAAGAUUGAGAGCAGGAUGGACUCUUUCGAGGCGAAACUCGCUGGCUGCAUGGAAAUUCUCAAGGAAAUUCAGGAGAGCUUGCAGAACGAGAACAAAGACUAAGAGGAAGAUGUUGAGCGGCAUGGAUUGGCAGACUAGCCCUCUGUAACUAGUAAGUCUGUUGUUUGUGUAUUAAAGGAUUCUUUCAUUUGA